CGGCCAUCUAAACAGGCGUAACUCGUUCGCCUCUGUUCGUUAUUCUGAGUCGCGCGUCGUCACCGACGCACGCGACAUAAUUCACCGCGUCAUGACCCUGUGACGUGAUAUUAUGAGCAAAGCCGAGGAUUCGGCGGAAGCCGCCGCGCCCAGCGUGGCAAUCCACGUGGAUCAUUAUAACAAUGAGGUCGAGGAAAAUUCAAAGCUUCUUGGACUAAAUGCUCCAACGCCGACUAUUACGCCCUCUGGGCAAAUGCGAAAGGUUAAGAGCUUCACCGAUACACACAGAAUUCACGAUGUGGGUGCCGCUUCUAGUGCAGCUUCCGCGCGAUGUCUACGUCCCUACGAUAAACCUGAAGCUAACGCAUAUCCUGACGGUUCAGAAAGUGGUACCAAUUACGGAGCACCCUCAAUGCGGUCACUUGCAUCUAUUGGUAUGGGUUGCACAGAUGGACGAAAAAUGGUUAUCAGACGAGUGCCAACAUCGCCUACGGAACUGUUCCAUCUAGUGCGACCACCUACGCCACCUGAUGAAGACACGGCGUCACACGAGAGCUGCGAGGAAGAAGAGGAAGAUGCAGAAGACCACCACCUAAAACCUCGCAGACCAUUCUGGGCCAACAAGAUACAGUUCGUUUUAGCCUGUGUUGGAUAUUCCGUUGGGCUUGGCAAUGUAUGGCGUUUUCCAUAUCUGUGUUAUAAAAGUGGUGGAGGUGCCUUUCUUAUUCCAUAUUUUAUUAUACUACUAGUAUGCGGGAUACCAAUGUUAUUUAUGGAGUUGGCUGUAGGACAAUAUACUGCACAUGGACCAAUCGGUGCCUUAUCACAAAUCUGCCCGCUUUUUAAAGGUGCCGGCGUAGCAAGUGUAGUGAUCUCGUUUUUUAUGUCAACAUAUUAUGCUGUGAUAAUUGCGUGGGCUAUCUACUAUUUCUUUACUUCUUUCAAAUCUGAAAUGCCAUGGGCAAGCUGCUCCAAUAGGUGGAACACGCCACAAUGUUGGGUACCACACCAUAACCUCACCAAGCCCAAUGGCUCGCAAACACCAACAGAACAAUUCUUCGAGAAAAAGGUCUUAAGCAUGAGUGACGGUAUAGAAUAUCCUGGUAGCAUGCGGUGGGAACUGGCAGCUUGCUUAGUCUGUGCUUGGGUGUUAGUCUACUUCGCCCUAUGGAAAAGCAUAAAAUCAUCAGCCAAAGUUCGCUACAUCACCACAACACUGCCUUUUCUUCUGAUUAUUGUUUUCCUUGGUCGAUCUUUAACGCUAGAAGGUGCAAACAUGGGCUUAAGAUUCUUCUUCAAACCAGAGUGGGAACUUUUAAAACAAUCCAGACCUUGGGUUAAUGCAGCAUCACAAAUUUUCAACUCAAUCGGCAUAGCAUUUGGGUCUAUGAUAAUGUUUGCUUCAUAUAACCGAUUUGACAACAAUUUUCUUCACGACACGGUGGCGGUCUCUCUGAUCAAUGCAGUUACGAGUCUCAUCGUAGGAAUUUUUACCUUUGCUACUAUCGGAAAUAUUGCUUUCGAACAGAACACUAAUGUGAAGGAUGUUAUUGCUGAUAGUCCGGGUUUGCUGUUUGUUGUAUAUCCCCAAGCAAUCGCAAAAAUGCCAGCAUCACAACUGUGGGCCGUGUUAUUCUUUUUUAUGUUCCUUUGUCUUGGUCUUAAUAGUCAGUUUGCAAUAGUUGAGGUGGUAGUUACAUCAAUACAAGACGGGUUUCCAGAUAUGAUACGCAAGAGACUCGUGUAUCAUGAACUAUUAGUGUUAUGUGUAUGUGUGGUAUCACUGUUCUUCGGAUUGCCCCACAUCUUACAAAGCGGCAUAUAUCUAUUCCAGCUAAUGGACUACUAUGCAGCUUCUCUCAGUAUUACAUAUCUCGCCUUUUUUGAAGUUGUGGCCAUAGCAUGGUUAUAUGGUGUAGGAAGAUUAUCUCGAAACAUUAAACGAAUGACGGGUCGGCGUCCAUCAUUCUACUUCCGAUUUUGCUGGUUAGUAGCAACGCCGGCUCUAUUGUUAGCACUGUGGGUGGCCAGUCUUGUCGAUUAUACACCGCCCAGCUACCGGCAGUAUGAGUACCCGGCCUGGGCACAGGUCCUUGGAUGGACUAUAGCUUCAUUCUCUUUACUCUGUAUACCAGUGUAUGCAGUUGUGGUCGUAAUGAGGUCUCCUGGAAAGAAUUUGGGAGAGAAAUUACGUAACUCCAUACGACCAACUCUGUGCGAAUGUGGGAUCGACAGUUGUGAUAUAUGCUACUCCGAGUCCGAGCCUCCGGACGAUAAGACGAACAUCAACUAGUCUAAGUAGCUUAAGUAUUAAUGAAAAAAAUAAAUUGUGCAGUCAUGAAGGCUGCUCUCGUCUACGAUAUCAAGAAUAAAUAAAACCAUGAUAAUAACGAUCCUCCCUCAUUUUAUCAUAUUAUUAAUAACAUUGAGAGACGGUACUCGACCUAAAACAAUUAGAUAUCAUGAGUCAGUGACAUAGUUUUCUGUAAGUAGGUAGAGUUACCUACUCAAAGACGCUCGACACUUCUGAUUUAAUUAUAUAUACCAAAAUUAAUUAAAUUCACGUUCAUAAUUCUAUAGUCCUUUAAUACUAAGCAUGCCUAUAAUGAUUAAUAUUGGAGUCUCAAAGUUGUUUUUCUUUAUCUACUUCUCAAAUACUUAUAAAACAUCUUAGAUCAAUAAAAUGUAAACGAAACAUAGAGUGGAUACAAUUAACAUUUUGAUAUAUAUAUAUAUGGAAGAAUAAUUUAAAUUUAUGCAUUAGUUAUCAAAUACAUCUACAUAGAUAUGAAUGUAUUUUAGAAUCAUUGCCUGUAUCACUGUAUCACGCAAAA